AUGGAGCAGUUCGGCGUGCCGUCGAACGAGAUCGCGCGCUGGGCGGGGCUGACCUCGGCCAUCUUCUCCAUCUGCCAGGCCUUCACGGGGUUGAUCUGGGGCGCUGCCUCGGACGCGUACGGCCGCAAGCCCGUCAUCCUGCUCGGCCUGUUCAACACCAUGUGCACCAUGCUGCUGUGGGGCUUCUCGACCAGCCUGCCCAUGGCCAUGACGGCGCGCGCGCUGCAAGGCCUGGGCAACGGCAAUGUGGGCAUCCUGAGGACCACCGUCGCCGAGCUGUGUCCCUGGAAGGAGCUGCAGCCGCGCGCCUUCUCCGUCAUGCCGCUGGUGUAUACGGUGGGCGCCAUUGUCGGCCCGACGCUGGGCGGCGCGCUGUCGAAUCCGCUGCGGAUUGACCCUCGUGCGCCGCGGGGCGACAGGUUGUUGGAGCGGUUUCCGUAUUGUCUGCCGAACCUGGUUGCGGCCGUGUUCUUCGCGGUGGGGAUCCUGGUCGGCUGGUUGUUUCUGCAGGAGACGCUGGAGAGCAGGAAGCAGCACCGCGAUCUGGGGCUGCGGACGGGCGCGAGGCUCACGGCGUUUGUGCGGAGGUUGUGCGGGCUUGGGGGGAAGGGGGAGCUGGAUGCGUCAGAGCGCGCGCCGCUGCUCGGCCAGCAGAAGGUGGUGAAUGCGUCGGGGCUGGGCGGUGCUGAUGUGGCUGUGAAGAAGCCGGAGAAGCCCAAGAUCCGCGACGUGUUGACGUACCAGACGACGCUGAACUUGGUCGUGUACACGCUCCUGGCGCUCUACUCGAUCGCCUACGACCAGCUCAUCCCCGUCUUCCUCCACCACCCGCCCCAGGACCCCAACGACCCCGCCGUCAGCCUCCCCUUCAAAUUCGCCGGCGGCUUCGGCAUCGACUCGCGCCGCAUCGGCGCCAUCUUCACCUUCUUCGCCGUCGCCUCCACGCUGUUCCAAUUCCUGCUCUUCCCGCCGCUGGCGCGCUCGCUGGGCGUGCUCACCUGCCUCCGCACCGCGUUCCUGCUGUACCCGCUGAUCUUCCUGCUCACGCCGUUCGUGACCCUGAUCCCGGACCCAACCGCCAAGCAAGCCGCCAUGAUCGCGCUGCUCGUCGUGCGCGGGCUCGCCGGCACCUUUGCGUUCCCGACGUCCACCAUCCUGCUCACCAACAGCGCCGCCAGCCUGCGCGUCCUGGGCACGAUCAACGGCGUCGCCACCAGCGUGUCGGCGAUCGGCCGCGCGUCCGGGCCUGCUAUCGGCGGGGGGCUGUUCACCUGGGGCGUCAAGCGCGGGUACGUGCUCGUGCCGUUCUGGGCGCUGGCGGGCAUCUCGCUGGUCGCCGCGGUGCCGACGUGGUGGCUGGUGGAGGGCGCGGGAUUCGGCGGCGACGAGGCGGACGAGGCGGACGAGGGCGACGAGUCCUUCGAGUCCGACGAGUCGUUCAAUGAGUCUGAUGAGCCGUUCACUGCAUCUCUCUCCGCCGCCGACACACCACGCGCCCUCGACACCCACACCCGCCCCCGCGCCAUCCCAGACCCCGAGUCCGCCUUCGGCUCCCCCGCCCCGAUACUAAGCUACACCAGCACGCGCCGCUCCAGCGCCGCGCCAUCGCUGGACCCGCGCUCCGACGCCGGCGAGCCGGCUGAUCUCGAGCACCGCCGCUCGUCGGUGCCGAUCGGCAUGGGCAAGGGGCUUAGGCGGUAUAGCUCGAAUCUGGGGAGUACGGGGGUGGAUGCUAGUGGGACGAGCUGGGGCGGGCGGUAG